AUGGGUGAAGUGACUUUGCAGAUUCCCAUUGAUACCCCCAAGCAGGUGCAAAAGGCCUGUGAUGCUAUGAAAGAUGCCCCCACGAUCCCUAGUGACCUUAGGAGCUACAGCCGACCGCUCUGGAUGGUGCUCAAGAACAAGACCCAAUUCUCUAUCACUCCGGAUGGGACCUACUUCUACUCGGGCUGUCUGCACGGCCAGUCCAGCAACACCGGUGCCUACAAUGUAACCGGAUUUGGUGCCCGUAAUUCGUGGGCAGGUACUACCGGUGGAGCGCGUUUCAAGAUCAAGUUGGAUCAAAAGAACGAGGUCGUCUUCGUGAUUGGUUUCUCCAAUCCCGUCAUCGGCUACUACGCAGCUCACAUUGAAGAGUCCUGGGACAUGGAGAAGGCUGGGUAUGCCAAGGUUCAGGAGAACGGCAACAAUAUUGAAUCCAUCCACGUCUACAAGGGAACCUCCAGCAGUGGCUCCCCAUUGAAGUUCAGAUUGCGAUUGUCCAUCGUGUCAGGCCAAACCAUGGACAUUACCGUGGUCCAGGAUGUCUGGGAGGAGGAGUGA